AUGAUGUUUGUCUCAUCCCUGCUACUCUUGCUUCUGUUCAAGGGUUGCCAGUCCUGCGAUGAAACCCCAUACAUCCGCAAGUACCUCUACGUUGGUGGCGAAUACGCGGGCAACGGCAAAGACGAGCAUAUAUUCAGGGAUCAGAUGUAUGUUGAACAUCUAGCACCGGCCAAAGGUCCGACCAAACAGCAUCCUAUCGUACUUUUUCACGGCCAGGCUCAAACUGGGACAAACUGGCUCAAUAAACCUGAUGGCGGGCGUGGUUGGGCGUCAUACUUUAUUGAGCAUGGCUACGAGUGUUACAUAGUCGAUCAGACAUUUCGAGGACGCAGUCCUUGGUUCCCAGACAAUGGUACAAUAGGGGUACUUUCAGCGGAGCAGCUGCAAAAAUACUUCACCGCGCCAGCAAAAUACAUGUUGUGGCCUGAAGCUAAACUACACACUCAGUGGCCUGGCUCGGGGGUGAUGGGUGAUCCAAUUUUCGAUGCAUACUACGCAUCGACAGUGCAGUUCUUAGAGGACCAGAUCCUACAAGAAACGACUAUUCAGGCAGCUGGAGCAGCAUUGCUGGACCGUAUUGGUCGGCCGGUGAUUCUCCUGACGCACUCGCAGGCAACUGCGCAUGGCUGGCUGGUAGCUGAUGCUCGUCCAGAAUUGGUCCAUUCUAUAAUAGCGCUGGAACCGGCUGGUCCUCCAUUUGAGAACCUCCUAUACGCUGGUCCGUAUAAUCGUAUUUGGGGGCUAACGAAUAUCCCUCUAACCUACGCCCCUCCCGUGGUCGACCCUGAAACUGAUAUCGUCAAGCAAACAAUUGACGAUCAGCCGACCUCUCAUUGCAUCGUUCAGGCAGACUCCCCAUCUCCUCGUCAGCUCCCUAACCUGAGUAAGAUAAGGACACUGAUAGUGACGGCGGAAGCCUCCUAUCAUAGACCGACGGACUGGUGUGUUGUCCGGUACAUGAAACAGGCUGGAGUCCCCGUCGAGCACAUACAGCUGGGGGAUGUCGGCAUACGAGGUAACGGCCACAUGCUCUUCCUCGAGUCCAACAGCGACGAGACUGCUGCUUUCUUGCGUCGAUGGAUGGAGGAAGAGAACAAGAAACCGCCAAAGGAAGAAAAGGAUAGAGAACUUUAG